CCAACUCCCACUCUGCGCCAGCACGCGGCACUGUCUUGUGGCAUUCCAUGACAAAACGAUUCCCUCUUGCCGGCCGUUCGAUGCGGCGGUUUCUGGGGUACCUGCACCCGUUCUCUGCAUCUCUGCCUUCUGGAAUGCAACACCCCACAGCGCCCUGUUAGCACGACCGAUCUGAGCGUCACCACGAUCCAAUCCACCGCCCGCUGACAGGGAACGAACGCAGCCUCGGAGCUCCUUUCCAUGUCCUGGUUGGCAUCUAAGCUCGAGCUUGUCAUUGCUCGGUCUCAAAUGCCAGACCCAUGUACCAUGUAUGUAUUCGUGGGCGGUGCUCACUGUGCUUUUUGUACAGCCCGCCGCUUCAUCCCAACGGGUAACCUGGGAAUACCUGGUAACCCUGGGAAUACAUGUACCUUCAUGGAGCUUACUUUGUCCUUGUUCGCGUCUGGGUAUGCUGCAGCACUGUGCUAGCUGGAGGGUACUCCCCAGUCGAGCCCAGGGCAAUCGAGUUGUCCCCGUUCCAUCUUUGUCAAUUCCCGUUGGUACAAGUACCUCAACGUACCGCAGCUGAACCCCAUCGGCCGCUACUUGACUUUAGGGUAUAUAUAAGUUUUGUCAUUCCAGUCCAUCCAAAACCCCGAGACUGCAGGAUUCAGAACCAGUACUGCGAGACAGACAUGCCUAGCAUCCAAGAAGUCGCCAUGGCAUUGAACGGCGCCGUCCCCCGCUUGGGGGCAAUCAGGGAGAAGAAGGGGGUUUCGGAUCUUCGCACGGCUGCUGCCGGCCCAAACCUCGACAUUAUCGAUAUCCGCCGUGUGGCGGUCGAGACAAACCUGAAGGCCGAAGUGCUCUCCAUGUUUCAUGCGAGGGAUGGUCCCAGGAAGCUCCCCACGCUCCUGCUCUAUGAUGAGAGAGGCUUGCAGUUGUUUGAGAAAAUAACAUACUUGGAAGAGUACUACUUGACCAAUGACGAGAUUGAAGUGCUCAAGGCGUUUGCGGCCGAGAUUGCCAACAACAUUCCUUCAGGGGCUAUCAUUAUUGAACUCGGCAGUGGCAACCUCCGUAAAGUCAAUCUCCUUCUGCAGGCCCUCGAGGACUCAGCAAAGUGCAUCGACUACUACGCAUUGGACCUCUCGCAGCAAGAGCUCGAACGCACCCUCGCCCAGCUUCCCUCGUACAAGCACGUCCGAGCCCAUGGCUUGCUUGGGACCUACGAUGACGGCCGGAGCUGGCUCAGGGAUCCAUCCGUUGCCUCGCGCCAGAAGUGUAUCCUGAGUCUGGGCUCCAGCGUUGGCAACUUCGACCGAGCCGACGCUGCCGCGUUUCUCAAAACGUUUGCCGAUGUCUUAGGUUCGGGAGACACCAUGCUGAUUGGACUGGAUGCUUGCGACGACCCGGCCAAAAUUUACCACGCAUACAACGACAAGGAGGGUCUCACACAUGAGUUCAUCCUGAAUGGUCUUCGCCAUGCCAACAAAAUUCUCGGGGAGACCGCCUUUGUCGAAGACGACUGGAGAGUCAUCGGGGAAUAUGUUUACGACACCCAAGGUGGCCGGCACCAAGCCUUCUAUGCCCCGAAGCGUGACACCAUCGUCAUGGGAGAGCUGAUCCGGGCUCACGAGCGAGUUCAGGUGGAACAGAGCCUCAAAUACUCAGCAACCGAGGCAGAAGAGCUCUGGAAACAGGCGGGUAUGAUGGAGAUUGGCCAGUGGAGGCACCACAAGGAAUACGGCGUUCACAUGCUUGCCAAACCAAAAAUGGCGUACAGUUUGAUUCCGUCCGUAUACACUCGCACUGCACUCCCGUCUCUCGAGGAUUGGGAUGGCUUAUGGGCUGCCUGGGAUGUCGUCACCCGUGAGAUGCUCCCACCGGAUGAGCUCCUCGAGAAGCCCAUCAAGCUCCGCAACGCCUGCAUCUUCUACCUGGGCCACAUCCCCACCUUUCUCGACAUCCAGCUGAGCAAGACCACCAAGGACGCGCCAACAGACCCCGCCCAUUACCAUAGCAUCUUUGAACGGGGUAUAGAUCCCGACGUCGACAACCCCGAGUUGUGCCAUGCGCAUUCGGAAAUCCCGGACGAAUGGCCGCCGGUCGAUGAGAUCCUGUCCUAUCAAAGCCGCGUGCGUGCCCGGCUGCAGAACCUCUACGUAGCCGGCAUCGAUGCUAUCCCGCGCCAUGUCGGCAGGGCGAUCUGGGUUGGCUUCGAGCACGAGGCCAUGCAUCUCGAGACGCUCCUGUACAUGAUGCUGCAGAGCGACAGGACGCAGCCGCCGCCGCAUGUCCCUGUUCCCGAUUUCGGGAAGCUCGCUGCCAAGGCCCGGUCCGAGAGGGUAGCGAACGAGUGGUUUGACGUCCCGGAGCAAGAGGUCACCAUCGGGCUGGAUGACCCUGAGGAUGGAACCGAUGUGGAAGUUUGCUACGGCUGGGACAACGAGAAACCGGCCAGACGGGUGAAGGUCCAUGCUUUCCAAGCCCAGGGUAGGCCGAUCAGCAAUGAGGAGUAUGCGCAAUACAUGUACAGCAACCAUGUCGCCAAGAUCCCGGCGUCUUGGGCAUACACUCCUGGCUCUUCAUCGGGAGAGGCCAACGGCCAAUCCAAUAACGACUCCAAUGGCAACGGGCACCGCGAUGGCUUCGCUAACGGCACUUCAACCCUCCCGGAGUCUUUCCUUCAAGACAAGGCUGUCCGCACCGUCUACGGGCUGGUGCCGCUGAAGCACGCCUUGGACUGGCCAGUCUUUGCAUCCUACGAUGAACUCGCCGGCUGUGCCACCUGGAUGGGCGGCCGCAUUCCAACCUUUGAGGAAGCACGCAGCGUGUAUAGCCAUGUCGAGGCCCUGAAGAAGAAGGAAGCCGUGAAGAAGCUCAGUCAGAUGGUCCCAGCUGUGAACGGCCACCUCUGCAACAACGGCGUUGAAAUUUCUCCGCCGGCCACCCCUCCCGCCUCAUCCGCCGGUGCCACCACUACCACGACCACCACCACCUCGCCCGCUUCCUCCUCCCAGCAACGACAGCAACCCGUUGCCCUUGAAUCACUCUUCAUCGACCUAAACGGCACCAACGUGGGCCUCCGGCACUGGCACCCGACGCCCGUCACGGCGCGGGGCAACCGGCUCGCGGGCCAGGCCGACAUGGGCGGCGUGUGGGAGUGGACCAGCACCGUGCUGCGCCGCUGGGACGGGUUCGAGGCUAUGCCGCUGUACCCGGGCUACACGGCGGAUUUCUUCGACGAAAAGCAUAAUAUUGUGCUGGGCGGUUCGUGGGCGACGCAUCCAAGAAUUGCGGGGCGGAAGAGCUUGUAAGUUCUUCCCCUUUUCUUGUCUUUUGUGUUUGCACCUCUUUGUAUGCGGUUUGAUGAGAUAGGUGGGUGAGGUUCGAGGGGGAAGAAUAGAGUGGCUAAUGCAAAGGGAUGAUUCAUAGUGUCAACUGGUAUCAGAGGAACUAUCCCUAUGCCUGGGUUGGUGCGCGGCUGGUGAGGGAUGUGGUGUGAGGGAGUGGU